GGAAGAUGAUGAAAUUUGCGCACAAGCGCACUUUUGAUAACACUUAAUUCAUACACAAAGGCUCAACUAUUAGUCAUGAUCGCUCGACAGGGAAUUUUGCUUUUGCAUGGAGUCUCUCUCCUUUUCUGCACGUCAAGGUCAGAUGCGAGGUUUGUCGAAGGAGAAAUUUUGACUAGCAAUGAUCUCGGGGAGUAUGGAGAGGCGACGGUGGACUUACAAAAAUCUGCCAAUCAGAUUAUCAACGAGAUCCAGUCCAUAUUCAGCAAACAAGAAGAUUGCUUAAUUUAUGGAGCCCAAUGUACACUUGACAGCAGUGCGAAUGGGUACAAGCCGUGCUGCGAGUCUCUUGCCUGCCUUCGCACCGAAAAUGAGCAGCAGUAUUUUUGUCUAUGCGAAAGAGGGCUCGCGCUCAAUCACGAAGGAGUUUGCUUUUGGCCCGUCUAUCCAAAUUUUAUGACAGUUGUGGUUUGGCUUAUUGUUGGAUUGGCGCUGACCGUGUCCUGCUCUUACUUACUAGUUGCGUGCUUUAGGAAGAAACAAAACAGGACGUUUAUGGGCGAUUUGAGCUACUCGACAUUUGAGUCGCACGUGCCUGAUGGCAGCAUGCACAUGACCAGCGUGCUGUCUCCAGUGGCCACUUCCCAGACGAUAGACCUGCCAGUUAUGUACCAAAUGGAAGAUAUGCCACCCUCCUAUGAAGACGCCUACGUGAUCAAGCAACACAAGAGUUAAAACGGGAAGGAUCAAAUAAAAAGGCUGCUGUGUGUAUGUUAAAACAUUUAAAAUAUAUUUGUGAACCGAUAUUCGUUACAGCAUUUCCACAACAUAAACGUGUGAAACUCGAUGUGCUGCGAACCGCACAAGUUUUAAACAUUUUUUUCUUAGCAUUUAAAGUUGCCAUUUUGCUAGCGGCUAAGAAAUCAGUUUCUUUCUUUCAAACAAACAUUCGACAACACCAAUUUACAACAACAUAAUCAACGCACUUCUUGCUCAGUAUUCACACUCGUAUUUUUUACAUGUUAAAUUAAUCAACAUAAUUUUUGGAUUAGUUUAUCACGUUGUGUCUUCAUUUUUUAAGUUAAAUUAAUAUCGCGUUUUCGUGUGUUUCGGUUAAAUUAAUCACUCCUCCAUCUGUCCGCUCACAAAUAACAUGAAGACAUAGGAAUAGAGAAAUUUGGCUUCGUACACAUGCACUCACAAUUAGACACAUUGCACCUUUUCAAUAUUAGCAUGCUCCUGAGUGAAGAUGAAGAUGGAAUGCCGAGUUUUAGAAAAAAUUCUACCGGUAUUUUGAUUGGACAGCUAGAAAUCAGAGAACUACAUUCCUCUACUUAUUGUUCAAAUGCAUUUGUUAGAAAUUCGACCUGAUUAACAAGGAUUUAGUUGUUGUCUAAUCAAUGUAUUUUUAUGAGUACCACAAUUAGGAUCUUACGUCUAUUUAUUUUUGUUCAUACCCCAACAAAGAUUAAUUAACGAAA